CCCACUGGCCGCAUGAAAGCGGGGUAAAAAAAAUUAAAGGCGGCAGCAAACGAGCGACGCAAUGACUCACAAGCUGUAAAAAAAGGUCGUGCUCCUUUUUACAGCACUGCAUCGCAUCGCCUCAGCGAGCUGUAAAGCAGCUCAAUAUCACUGCAUGGAUAAGCGCCGGUGAAAUUUUCAGGAGCUGUCAUUAUCACUGUGUGAAUUCUGCUCGCACUCUGCCGCCAAAGUGAGGAAAUGUGAAUUUCUGGAGUGUGAAGAGUGUUGUUGUGUAGGCGUUCGGCUAAGCUGUGGAAUGUGAUGCACUUGGCGUUUUCCUUCUUGAAGGUUGCGCCCAUGUUUCCAUACCAGAAGGCUUAGUACACCUGGAAGCAGAAGGUCCUCCAGGUGCAGUAUGGAGCCGCUGACUGGAACAGAGGCCUCUCCCGAAGAACUGAAGAAAGCCCUAGAAUGGGAGCUGAGCCUGGACAACAACGACCUGAGGAGUCACGCGUGGUACCACGGCACCAUACCCAGGCCCAGAGCUGAGGAACUCAUGUCGGACGAGGGAGACUUCCUGAUUCGGGAUUGUAUAUCCAGACCCGGAGAUUAUGUGCUGACUUGCCGGUGGCGGAGUACAUCUUUGCAUUUCGUCAUAAAUAAGGUGGUAUUUCAACCAUUUACGGUCUACGAGCGAAUACAGUACCAAUUUGAGGAUGACUGUUUCGACACUGUUCCAGACUUAGUUACAUAUUACGUAGGAAACAAACGACCAAUAUCUGCUGCCUCUGGCGCUGUGAUAUCCAAACCUGUCAACAGGAGCAUGCCCCUCUCCUAUUAUGCCACACGGUAUGGGUUAGAAUGCCAAAUGCAUUAUGCUGCCCUUGCAUUGGAAAAAGUGGCGGGAAGUCAAGAAUCUCUCUCGGGGAAGUUGUCACGCGGUGGUAGUGGAGAAAAUUUAAAUCAAGAGAGAAGACUAUCUACACCAGUCGAAUCUUCAGAUUCACAUCCAAGUGGCGUUGCAACGAUGCCUCGUUCCUCGGUAGAUUAUCCUCGGAAAUCUUUACCAAAUUUUUCAACUUUGCAACACCCUGGAGGCUGUAAAAAGGAUGUAUUUACAACAUUGGCUCAAGAUAAGAAGAGUCCAAAGCAGAGAUCCAGUCAAGAAAACAUUCAAGAUGUAAGUGGCAAGGAGGAUGAUACUCCACCACCGAAACCUAGUCGAGUGCCAUCUAAAAAAUAUGGUACAACUUCUUAUUCAUCUGGGCAUGAAUCCUCAAAUAACAAAAUGGGAAACCAGACAACUCCACCUCCACAUUUAUACUCUGAAUUAAAUUUCAUAAAUAAGCCUGUCAAUGGAAAUGUACAUAAAUUAGAAGGUUGUGAUGCAAAAAGCAACCAUGAAUGGACAAAUAUGGAAAAUAUAAAAUUUGUUCGUUCAUCUGAAGAGAAUUUAAACAAUGGCUUAAAUAAGGAAUCGAUGAAGGAACACUUGAAAGUAGAUAUUAAUCCACCAUCCAGUUUCGAUUUAGCUGAUUUUAAUACAGUAUUGCUACCAACUGAAAACAAGCCAUUGGACCCACCAGCACUGGCAAAAAUUAGAUGUAUGUUAUUGGAAGGAGGAGGUAGAAUAAUUGCCAGCCAUUUAACCAAAGUAGAUUUGGAUGUCCUGAAGUUGAGUCGAGCAGCAGAUUUAGGAUUAGGUGUCCUGACUGGAUUCGAGAUGCUGGUUUUACCCCAAGGUCAACAGCUCAGAUUGGAUCUUUUGGAAAGAAACGACUGUUUGAAGUUCUUUGUGGCAAUAACUAUAUUGACCUGUGGAGAUGAAGAAGUUCGUGCUCAAGUUCUCAACAAAUGGAUUCAAAUUGCAAUAGAAACAAAAACAGCUCUGGGAAAUCUGUACGGAUUUACAGGCAUAAUGAUGGGUCUUGCCUUACCUCAAAUUUCUCGCUUAAGGUGUACUUGGUUGAAACUUCGGCAGUCCUUCACAGAAAAUGCUUUUACAUAUGAAACAAAACUGAGACCCACCCUAAAAAAUAUGCAAGAGUGUUCCAAUCCUCAAGCACCAAACACAUGUGUUCCAUAUUUGAUGUCGCUAAUCUUAAUUAUGCAAAAGCACAACGAAAUUGUAUCAGAACAAGAUUGCUUUCCACAAAUUGAAGAAAAACCUCAUAUUUCUUCGUUUGACACUUUAUCCUCUUCAAAUAAGGAGAAAAGCAAAAUAUUAAGCUUAGGACUCCAAUGGGAACAAACUGCUGCAGAUUACGGACUUCAGCUUCUUUUGACACACCUGGAAAUUGGACGCUCCAUAACUCAGCAAUGGCCAAUGUACAAAAGAAAUAGUGAAAUAGUCCUUGAAAAUAUAAAAUAUGAUGACUUGAUGUUAGAUGUCUUUCGGACUGAGUUCCAUUUGAGAUUCCUAUGGGGAAGUAAAGGUUGUCAUGUUGUAGCAAAAGAGAGGUAUUCAAAGUUCGAUCAAGUACUAAAUGUCAUGUCAGAAAGGUGUGAGCCUGUUUAAGUUUUAUAUCUUUUAAUGUGUAUAAAAAGUUGUGUUUUGUUCCUGUUAAAAAAAAAAAAAGUAUCUACACAGGGUUCGUACUUAUUUUUUAAUGAAAAAAAUUAAGGAUAUUCAAGUACUUCGCCGCAUGUGUGUUGCUAGACUUGAAAAAAAAAAGUUCCUCUCCCAAACAAGGUAAUAACAAAUACAGGGUUAAGAACUAAAAUUAAGAAAUUAUUUUUUAAAAUCAGCUCUCAUAAAUUGAGCAGCAAUUUGUACAUUAAAUCAUAUUUUAAAAUAUCUUUUCAAGUUCCAAAUUCGUAAUGAAAGCAAAUAUGAAUUAAGAUUUUAAUGGAAUAACUUGUGCAUUACUUAUUUUCAAAAAAAAAAAAAAAAAAAAAUCCAAACAAUUUUGAAUCCUUUUUUACAAUUUAUGCAUAGUUCUGUUUUUAAGAAUAUAUUUACAUUAGUUGUUAUCAAUAUCAAAAUUAUUGUUGGAUUUUGAUGACGUUUUUAUUCGUUGAGCUUGAUGAAAAAAUUCUUAUAGCUUUCACAAAGUCUUAUACUUUUGCAAAAUACAGCUAUUUAAGCAUAGAUUGUUUUAAUAAUAGGAAAUGUUACAUUAAACUUUUAAUUAAUAUUGCUUGGAUGGCAAGUUUUCCAAAGUAAGCUCUCUUUUUGCUACAAUGCUGUUAGUAACUUGAUUGUAUCAAAGAUUUUUCCUAUGACAGUAGCUAUACUGAUAUUGAUUUCCUUUUGCAACUUAGCAAAAAUUUUGUUUUUAAGAGAUCAAAGUAAUUCCACUAACAGUAUAUAAAACUCUUUAGGUGCUAACUAUAGUUAAAUAAUAACUUGGUACACCAUGCAACUUAUGGAGUCCUUAAAGUCGAAAUUUUUAGAGUUUGUUGCCAACUUUAUUCAUUUCUAUUUAUUUCAAAAAAUUAUUAUACUAUUUACUUGUACUUAAAAAUAUUAGAACUUUCAAGUUAAAAUUAGGACAGGAAAAUUUUAGCUAAUUUAAAAAGACUUUACCGCAUUUCCUAAGAAUUUAAGCAAUAUUUAAGGAUGUACGAACCCUGUUAUAGUUUCAUCUAUAGAGCUUAAUUGAUAAUUUGAACUGCUUUUCUAUUGCUAAACAACCAAUAUUGCACAAGGUGGACUUGAAGUUCAAUUCAGAUUUCUUCAAACCACAGACGAACAAAUAUUUAUUGAUGCUGAUUACUUAAUAGAUAUCUAAGCAUGCAUUUUAUUCAUUGUAUAUUGAAUGUAAUAUAACUAAGAGUAUUUGAACAGUGGAAAACUCUUAAUAAUAUGAGGAGUGUUUUUGCAGAGUGCAUUACGGUUAAAACAUACUAGUCUCUAAAGCUCAAGAACCUGUUCAGAAUCAAUUUAGUUUAAAAAAUAAUUCUUAAAAAAUGAAGCUGCAUGCACAAUUAGGCUGACAACGCAAGAAAUUCAUUUUAAGCAAAAGAGGACCAUUUCAAAAUGUAGGAAGUACCUUGGAUAAUUUUGGAUACUGAUUUAACUCAGGGUUGUUAUUUAUGAAGCAUGUUAUUAAUAUAGCCAAGAAAAACAUUAAUAAACUAUUCUAAAUAUUUACAAAAAAAAAAAAAAAAAAUCUUGCAUUUGAAACUAAGAAUUAAUGUUCACUUUGUAUAAUAGCUUGUACAUUUAUCUGCAAAAAUAGAUUGUUAACUUUUGGUAAUGUAUAUUUACCAGUGAAUGAUUUUUCUGAGGUCCAAUAAAUACUUUAACAAAUAAGUAUCUCUUCUCAUAACUGGUGCAUAGACUAUGCAAUGAAAUUUUUUUUUUGUUUUAAUAUAUAUUCAUGCAUAAAAAUAUAUGCAACUCUUUUUUUUUCAAUGUGAUAUGUUCUAGUCAAUGUACAUAAAUACUGAAUUUGUAUAUUUGUUUGUAAGUACUUUUUUUGUAUAUCAAUAAAUUAUUGUUCACACAAUAUCCUCUUAGAUUAGUUCCACUUUAUUGUGGUUACUUUAAGUUCAAAAAGUCAAUGUAAGUGUCAAGUAAAUGUCAAUAAGAACGGAUAAGAAAUAAAGAAACAUUUUACU